CAUUUUGCUGGCACACGAUAGAAACAAGUCGAAUACGGCUGGUCGGCCAUAUUGCUGUUCGCGCCGUGCUGCGAGUCGCCCGAACCGUCGCCACAGCGGGAUACACAUGUCAGUGGAGUGAGUGGUGAGUGUCCGCGAGUGACCAGGUCGCGUCCGAGUGCCGUGUUAGUGCGCCGAGCGCGAAUCCAGCCGAAAUCGCAGGCGUCGCGGGCGCCGUGGAAGCAGCCGCCGCCGCCGUCGCCGCAGAAGCAAGCGCAAGCAGCAGCCCUCAAGGCCUUGGCAUUUUCUUGCGUCGCUCGCUCGGAUUCAGUGAUCGGCCCUACCGAAAUGGAUGUGUGAAUCGCCGAGUUGUGCGCCCCGCAUUAUGCCGAAUUCGACACCCUCUCGAGCAGGCCGUGUAGCCAGAUUUGAGCGAGUCAUCGGAAGGGUCCAGGCAGUGAGCGGGCGUCUCGCUGCGGGACACCCUCUGCCGUGCGCCCUCCCCUCACAAUGAGCAGCAGUGCGUUAGCAUCCGCCACCAAAAAGAGGAAAAAGACACAGGACAAAGCACAGUCGCAACAAUUAAACAAGUGCCUGAACGAGAAGCGCCGUCGGGAACAGGAGAACACCUACAUCGAGGAGCUGGCCGAGCUCAUCAGCGAAAGUUUUGCGGACAUGAGCUCAUUGUCUGUCAAACCCGACAAGUGCGCGAUUCUCCAGGAAACAGUAAGCCAGAUCCGCCGCAUCAAGCAGCUAGAAGCGCAGUCAGGUGAUGCCGUGCAGCAGGGCGAGGUGUCGUCCAGCAAGCCGGCUCUGAUCGGACACCAAGUGUUCGGGCCGCUGUUGCUCGAGGCGCUGGAAGGGUUCGUGUUCGUGGUCACCUCGGAGGGCAAGGUCGAGUUCAUCACGGACACGGUGUCGCAGUUCACGCGCUUCACCAAGGAGGACGUGCUCGGCAAGAGCAUCUACAACUUCCUGCACCACGGCGACCACGCUCGCUUCAGCUCGGGCCUCCUGCCGAUGACCCUGGGCUGGCAGCCCGAAGGCACCGCGCGCAGCCGCACCUUCAACUGUCGUCUGCUGAUCAAGCCGCCGGACGACCAAGACGAAACUAUGGAAGAGAAGCAACAACGCGUCUCCAAGUACGAAGCCAUGCAGAUCUCGUCCAUGCUGAUCUCGUACCCGCCCGCCGCUUCCGCCGCCGCCGGCGGCGCCUCGGCCGCCUCCUCCGCCGCCCAGGGCGCCGCAGACCACGACCAAGUCGAACCCGAGGGCGGCCCCUCCAUGAUGUGCGUCGCGAGGCGCAUGCCCCAGGCCGACUUCUGCCCCCAGUUCACCACCAAGCUCGACAAGAACGGCGUCGUCCUCAGCGUCGACUCGAGCGGCGUCGGCCUCACCACCUGCCCCGGCGUCAAUAGAGACCUCAUCGGCAGGAAUCUGCAUCAGUUGGUGAUGCAGUGUGACGCUCCGAGACUGACAGCCCACAUCAACGACGUCCUGGCCAACAACACUGCGACCAGCGAAAUUUACCGGCUGGCCAUCAACCCGACCGGCCCGCCCGUGUCCAUCCAGACCAAAAGCAGGCUGUUCAAAGGCAGCAGCAGCCUCGCCAGCCCCCCGAGUCAGUUUGAACCCGACUUUAUUAUGGCCACCCACACCGUCAUGACUAAUCUGGAGGAGUUGAAUCAGACGGACAGCCAAAUGCUGUCGGCGUCGACGGUGACCUCUCCAGCGAUGGUGUGCGGUGGCGGCAGCGGCGAGUCGCUGGACUGCUCGCCGCAGUCUCGGCACGCAGGCUCUUCGCAGCAGGCCAUUCCGACCUACGCGACGGAGCUGCUCGACUUCGAACUGUUCAACUCGGCGCAGUCCGAGUGGCCGACGGGCGCGUCGACCGCGUCCGCCGGCAGCGGCAGCAACUGGAGCAGCCCGCCGCCGCCCAAACCCAGUCCGCAGCAGGUGAUGGCCCACCAGACGCCCACCUGGGACCGCGCCACCCCCUCGCCCCGCAACCACCCCUGGGAGCAGCACUCCACGCCCUGUAGCCCAGUGGUAAGAUGUCCUUGGACGUCGCUAAAACCUGCUUCUCGCCUGGGCGACGAAGAGAUGCCCGGAAGGCAGGCAGAGCAGUCGGCGUCGUCGUCAAGCAAGGACUCGGCCCGGCUGCGCAAUUUGCUAACAAACCGGCCCUCGCAGCAGCAGCAACAGCAGCCGCAGCAGCAUCAGCCGACGGCUUUGGCGUCGAGUGGCACGCCCCCGCGCAACAGCCACCUCAUCCUGAAGGGCCUGCUGAACCAGAACGACGACGAGGACGACCUCGAUGCAAGUACCGAGUCCGCCAUGCACAUAGCUAGCAGCACGAACGCUAGGCCCGCUAGCAAUAGCUCCGCCGCCGCCGCUUCUUCUUCCACCAGCAGUAACAAUAUGCUACUCAAGCUCCUAAAUGACAAGACGGAUGACGACGAGGGCAAGUCUGACUUUCAGAGGAAAAACGAGCUUCUGAACCAGCUGCUCAUCAAGGAUGACGAGUCCGAGAAGAGCUCAAAAGUGGUUGAUUUUCCAUUUGUACGAGCACCCGAACGUCAAAUAUUCUCCUCCCCUCAGGUCGAUCUGUUGCAUUGCCUGGGUUUUAGUAACACGAGUCCGUCGUCAUCGCAAGUCGGGGAGUGUAGCUCGGUCGGCUCGGGCACGAGAAAGCGUCCCAGUCUCGAGUCGGACGAUGGCGCCGGCGGCAAACGCCUCCAGCAGGCGCCCAUGAACCAAAGUCCAGUGAAUUCGCUCGGAGGACCCAGCACCUCCGUCUCCUCUGCACCCUCCCAGGUUAGUUCGACCGGCAGAAGCUCAAAGUUGUGUGAGAGGAACAAAAUGCUGGCGUUGUUGCUGGCACAGGAGCCAAGGGCGGUCGAAGUGCCGCGCGACGCUUCGUCGCUGAUCCACCAGACGCCGAAUCCUCGCGAACGGUUGUUGAAGGGCAUCGACUCGACGGCGUCCGUGGGCCGCAACGACCCGGUGGUCGGGAGGCAGUCGACGGUGUCGCGGCAGCUGGGCCAAAUGCAGCAGACGCAGCAGCAGCCCAAGGUGUCGCCGGGCAGCACGUCCGUGGUGGCGCCUCAGCCGCCGCAGCCGCCCAUCUCGACGCAGCCCAACGUCAGCAUGCCCCUCGAGGGCACCGCCGGCCCCUCGCAACGCAUGGAGGCUGCCGACUCGAGCGGAAACACCAUCAACAGCAGUAACAGCGGCCCUUGGGAUGCGAAUAAUGACAAGUUGCUCUCCGACAUCCUUGACUCGGUCAUCGACAUUGUGCCUGAUGGCGCUGCGUCAGGUUCACUGCCUGACUACAUGGACUCGAUGGACUCCCUACUCACCAGCGAACUCGGCAACGCCAGUCGAAUGAUGGGAGGUUCUGCGAGCAACGCGGACACCUCUGGCCCUAACGGCGAGCUCUCCAAGAAGAUGGCAAUCAGUGCCAUCCAGAAGUCCCUAAUUGAAUACUGCGAAAAGGCCGUCAAAAGUCCGCCCCAGUACACAGCGCCGCCUAUGCAACCUCCGUCGGUGUUCCCGACCCAGGCUGAGCAGAGGAUAGCUCUUAACUACGGCCAACCGCCGCAAGCACAGACCCAGAACCAGCAGCCAGUGCAGCCAAAUACGCUUGCCGCGGCGGUGCGGUACGCGACUCAGGCGUCCAUGACGCAAGUUGGCACCCAGCGCCGAAAGCAGUUGAGCCAGCAGCAGCAGUUGCAAAAGCAGCGUCUGCUGCAGCAGCAGCGCAACACGCAGGUCCUGCUGACGCCGCACGUGAAGCAGGAGCAGCCCAACAUGGAGGCGCUGAUCAGGAACACGGGCAUGCCGCCCAACGUGACCCUGCAGCGCUCCGCCAGUGUACCUGACAGCCAGAUGUCGCCUGGCUACUCCCCUCUCAGCCCCUCCCAGCAGCGGCCGCCACCGCCGCAGCAGCAGCAACAGCAGCAGCAACAACACUUUCACGCUUUCAACUCCGGAUUCGCUCCAAAUCAGGUGACGCGCCUUUCGCCGCUGCCCGGCGCCGUUGGGAACAAUGCUCUUCCCAAUUUCCAGCAGCAACAGCAGCUGUCGCCCAGGGUGGGCCAGCAGGGCAUUCCUCAGCAGCAAUGGGCUGGUCAGGAGGGCGUCGGUGGUGUGGCAGCUAACCGAUUGACAAUGCAGCAGCAGCAAAAUCCUAUGCUAAAUGCUCAGCUGACGGGUGCGUACCCGCAGACAGGCGCGCGGAUGGCGCCGUACGGACAAGUGCAGCGGCCGGCGCUGGGCGGCGGCGCCCGCAGCUCGCCGUUCACGCCUGACGCGGGACCGCCGUCGUCGCCAGGGUCUGCGGGCACCUCGUCGCCAGGUCUCUUCCAGGCGGGCUUCCCUGGCGCCUCCGCCGCCGCGCAGCAGCAGCAGCAACAGCCUGCGGCCGGUGGGGGCGGGGCCGGCGGCUUCAACCCGCAGAUGCAGAUGCAGCUGCAAAUGCACCAGCAGCAGCAACAGCUGCGACUGCAGCGUGCCAUGAGCCACCCGGCCGGCGCCGCCAGCAACGGACCCCAGAUGCAGAACGUGGCCGGUUGGCACGCAGCCGGUCUGAUGGGCUACUCGCCUCCGCAGCAGCCGCCGCCGCCGAAGCACCAACAACACCACCACCAACACCUGCACCACUACCAACAACAGCCAAACUCCCCGCUCCCCUAUGCCCCGGCAGCUACCUCAGAGCACAGUUCCUACGACCACCCCUCCUCACCGUACCAAUACCCUCCUCCUCCUCCUCUACCUCACCGGACCACCCAGCUCUCGCCAGGGGCCAACAAUGGCAUGCCUUCCGAGUUUGUCAUGCAGAAACUGAGAGCCGCAGUGAGUGCCGGUAACCAACAACAACAACACCAGCAGCAGCCUAUGCAGGCAGGGGCUAUGGUUUCUAGUCCGAGGCCGCAACCGCCGCCACCGCAGCAGCAGCAAAUGGUGCAGCUCGGCGCCAUGAACAACGACGAACUCUUGGGAAUCGGCUUCGAGAUGGAUCCCGGUAACAAAAUUUGGGACUCGCCAGCCUCAAACGCGGGCCAGCAGCCCCAGCAACAAAUGGGAGCGGGCCCGUCCUCCGUGAGAGAGGAGCCCGGAAUGCGGGGUGGAGGCUCGAACCAGUCGUCACUGCUGCAGAAACUGCUGUCGGAAUGAGCUAUAAACCAAAUGCCUCUCGUGUGAACGAACGAAUAGACAGACAGUGUUUCAAGUUGAAAAGAUGUUGUUGACGAAUCGCUCGAGUCGCCUCGGAAUACUCGAAGAACUAGCCUUAAUUAUUUAUGAUAUACACAUAUACAUACAUAUACUAGACACGAAGAGGAUUCGCGCUGAGAGAAAAAAAAGAAGAUGAUUUUAUUUUGGUGACUACACUGUUAGCUUUAUCUGAAAGAGUCUGAGAUUUUCAAAAAUGUCAUGGCCUUAAUCGAUGAUGAUUGUAGCUUAUAUUUGAAACACACACACACACUCACUCACUCACUGACACGCCCCCUAGGAAAAAACUAAAAAAUCUGUGGUUCACGGUAUCGGAUCGAUGUGCAAUGCAAAGAAGAUGUUGUUGAAAUUGUUACGUUUGAAUUAUUUAAAAGAGAAGAAUUAUUUCUUAAGGCCAGUGAUGCUGAAACAACGGAACGAACGGACUUUGUUGUUGCUUGCUUUAAUUCGGGAGGACACGAGUGCGCGCUGCCGCUUUCGUCUCUCCGUUCUCCGACAAUUUAAAUAAAACAAACAAAAAUAAAAAAAACUGAACACUAGUGCUGCUGUUGCUGUUGCUGCGAUCGACGACGACGAACAAGAUUUUCAGUGUGUACGUCUGGUGGUUGUGAUUUCGUAUUUAAACACACAGAGAAUCAAUCGAACCUUUUGCUUGUUGUCACACACAAACCAUUGAAACAAGCGUUUUUCUAAUUAGUUCUUUCUUACGGUAUAUGAAUUGUUUCUGUAAUUGUAUAGGCCGUUUUAAUUUGAUUUGUCGCAUGUGCUGAUGACUGAACAAGGACUAUUUAAACCAAAGCUGUAAUAUUUUUCGGGACUUGCGGUAUGAGGAAUAUUUUUGUACUGUCCGAGGAUUUCAUCAUGACUUAACUAGCGCUGUAAUCGGUAAAAGAAUAAAUAUAUGAAUAUAUCUCCAUUUUGCCUUGGAACCGUCUCCGCGGCAGUCCGCCCCUUUUUCAAAUUCUGCGCGGCCGACCGGCUCGGCUGGCUCCGUUUGUGCAGAACUCACGCACCAAACCGACGCCCUGCCCAACGAAAAAAGCGCCGUCGGUGUUCGAAAAUCCGGCAAAUCCAUUCCUGAUUCUUUAAUCGGCUGAAAACUCGUUGUUUUGGUCCAAGAACUGUUUAAAGAUGGAAGCGGCUCUCUGAUUGGCUGUAAGACCGCAGGCAAGUAAAGCUAGGAGUGGGGGCGAACAGCAAGCGACGUUCGCCCCCACUCCUUCCCAACUGUUUUGCUUUACUCUCCUUGAUGUUAGGUCUGCCAUUGGAAUUACUCUGGCUGCCGCUGUGGCGCUACUGUCUUGGCGUAACAGCCAAUCAGAUUAAAGACGGGUGAUAUCUUGGUUUUUGCGUUCUCAGGAAUUGAGCUUCCGGCCGAACACUGACUGCGAAUUCGAAUUCGGUUGAAAAUAAAUUCUUUCGUGAGCGAGCCGGUUGGCCAACUGAACGAGUGGACUGCUCGUCUUUAGUUAAGUUUUGGUCCGCCCCCCGUCAUCGUUCGCUGUCCGGGAAUGAGAAAAACGAACAAAUUCGUCUCGCGAAUGCUGUGUCCCGAGUGCAGAAUAAGAAUUACAUGAUUCAGUUUGUUGCUCAAUUAGUCUCUCCUUCACUUUCUGUCCACUAUGUCUGUCUCUAUAUUAGCGAAUUGGCACAGUCUGUGACUUGCACUCGAGCAAAACAAGAGCGAGAAUAUUAUAUAUAUUGAUUACUAUGUAAAAAAAAACAACUCAUUACAAUUAAAAUGAAUGAAAAGAGAAAGAAAACCAACGAUGUAACUCCACGAUAAUGGAAGUAAAAUAUUUUUAGCCUCUGCAAAUGAAAAGAAAAAGAACUCACACUGACACACACACUCACUCACACACACACAUAAUGAUUUUCUUAAAAAGUUCCUGUUUGUAUAUUACUAUUUUUGUAAUUGUGGUUUAUUUUGAACGUCGUGCUAUCGUGUAUAGAAUAUUAUGAGAAACAAACACUCUCGUGUAAUGUUAAUUAUGAUUCAUGAUUUAUAACGUAUGUGUUUAAUUAUUAGGCUUUUGGGGAUAUUGGGUCUUCGUUACACACACAACAUAAAUAAAUCUAUAUAAAUAAAAA